AAUACUUUUUAUACAAAGUUAGAGAAUUGUUUUUUUUACCAUAGUUUGAGGGUAAUGUGUAUAUUGGCUGAUAAUUGGCUGCUAAUAAAAGUGCAAUAUUGUUUUAUACCUAGGGUUUCCUUUAAAUCAUAUUAUAUUGUUUAGAUAGCAUAAUUAUUUUUUUUAUUAUUUUAAUGAUAUUACUAUUAUUAUGUAAUUGUUAAUUUUAUUAAAAGUGUUUUUGCACCCAAGCAAAAAGCACACUUUAAGUGUUUUACAAAUGCUUUCAGGCAUGGUGUAUUUUCCAAGACCUGUCUUUAAAUUCCAUAUUGAGUGUAUUAUUUGCAGUAUAAACAUUUUUGUCAAAUAAUUUAUUCAGUAGAAUUAAUUGGUUCAAUAUAUUUUAAGGAAAUUGAUACAGUUAAUUAAAAUAAAAGUAAACAAGUUGUUAAAAGGUGAUUAAUCAAUCAAGUUAUUAAUCAAUAAUUUGCAUGUCUCAUCAUUUUGUAUUUGUAUAACACAAACUGUUUAAGUAAGUCCUAACGACAACUGGUUGAUCACAUUAAAAGAAACUUUAAAUAAAAGCUUAAGUUAAAAAAACAAACCAGAUUGUGAUUAGUGCUACUCUCUUUCUUAGUGUGAAAUAUAUAUAAGAAAUUGGAAUGGCUCAGCCGGGUUACCAACAACAACAGGGAUACGCACCACCACAACCAGGAGACGCACCACAGCCUGGGUAUGCGCCACCACCACAGCCUGGGUAUGCACCACAGCCUGGCUAUGCACCACAACCUGGGUAUGUGUCACAGCCUGGUUAUCCUCCAGCCCAAGGACAGGCAGUUGUGGUUGCACAACCUGGAUAUGGUGCAGUACCAGUACAAGGUGGAGAAAUGUGGAUGCCUGUGACACAAGGACCGCCUGGAUGCCCCCCAGGUCUGGAAUACCUAACUCAAAUUGAUCAGUUAAUUGUCAAACAAAAAGUGGAACUACUCGAAGCAUUUACUGGCUUUGAAACAAAUAACAAAUACAAGGUCAAGAACUCCUUAGGACAGAAUGUUUAUUUUGCAGUUGAAGAUACUGAUUGUUGUACACGGAACUGCUGUGGUCCAGCCCGUCCUUUUGAUAUUAAAAUAUAUGACAAUAAUCAACAAGAAGUGAUCCAUCUCAACCGACCGUUUAGAUGCACUGGUUGCUGUUGUCCUUGUUUCUUGCAAGAGUUAGAGGUGACAUCACCACCUGGUACACCAAUUGGAUAUGUUAUUCAAAAGUGGUCAUUAUGUGCGCCAAAGUUUGAGAUUUGCGAUGCACAACGAAACCCAGUGCUGUUGAUUGAAGGACCUAUUUGUACAUUCAAUAUGUGUGGUGAUGUGGAAUUCAAAGUUUUAGCUUUAGAUGGUACCAACCAAGUUGGUCGUAUUUCAAAACAAUGGAUGGGCAUGGUGAAAGAGAUGUUCACUGAUGCUGACACUUUCGGAAUUACAUUUCCAAUGGAUUUAGAUGUAAAAAUAAAAGCAGUGAUGUUAGGAGCUUGCUUCUUGAUUGAUUUUAUGUUUUUCGAGAAAACUGGAGAUAAUAACCAACAAUCUACGAUUAAUGGUUAAUAUAAUAAAUAUAUAAACAUAUAUAUUUCUUUUUUGCACAAGUAGCAUGUAUAUAAUUAUUUUUGUUAUAAUCUUUAUUUUCAACAUGUACAUUAUUUCAAAGGUUUCUGCAGGGUAGAUCAUUUCCUCAUUGCUGCUACAUGACUUGAUAAAGCCAAAGAAGGCCAACGAGAUAUUUUACUAUCUUUUACGAGAUAUAACAGUUUAUUUUAUGUCGUGAUAUAAACACGUAUAAAAGGCCUAGUGUUAAGCGAGUUAACACGCUUAUUUGUCUUGGUUACCCGAUUUUUUUUUGUUUUUAUGAGAGACUAUCUGAUUGGAAAUCCCUCUAAUAUAAAAGUUGUUGUAAUAAGAUACGUACUUGAUUUAAUAAUACGUUAUCAGCAAAUAUUACAUAUUUUUUGUGUGGGUA